AACUAUACCAUACAUGACUGAGCGUUAUUCGACCAUUAAAUUUAAUCUUGAAAACCUCUAAAUACGUUCUACUUAAACCAGUUCUGUUAUAGCGGACUUAGGUGAGGGACGGUUCAGUGCCUCUAAGUUUUGAAUACACACCAAAAAGUAUAAAGGAUUUUACUGCCCAAACCAAGUAAACCAGAGUGACUGGAAGGUUGGCAGCUUCCGUUUGAACACAGAAUGGCAGUCCAGAACCAUACUAGAGAUGAUCGCACGAUAGAAGAUCGUUUGUCACAUAUCGAGGCUCAAAACAACGCCAUUAUUGAUGCACUACAAAAGAAACAAAAGAAGCAUAUUUUCACUGGUUUGGAAGAUGAGAAUGAAGAAAGAGGAAACUGGUCUGGAAGAUUUGAUUUCUUUCUCAGUUGCCUCGGUUACGCUGUCGGCUUGGGUAACGUUUGGCGUUUCCCCUAUCUCUGCUACAAGAAUGGCGGUGGUGCAUUCUUCAUUCCCUAUGUGAUCAUGUUGGCGUUUGUAGGCAUGCCAAUCUUCUUCUUAGAGCUGUCACUGGGUCAGUUCUCGAGCAGCGGUCCUCUUACAUGCUGGAAAUACGCCCCACUCUUCCAAGGUGUUGGUGUUGGUAUGGUGGCCGUGUCAGCCAUGGUUGCAAUCUACUACAACAUGAUUAUCGGGUGGUCACUGUACUAUCUGUUCGCUUCAUUCACCAGUGAACUUCCCUGGGAGAAAUGUGACCGCGACUGGGCCACUGAUAUGUGUUUGGACUAUAUCAAGAAAGCUGAAAGCGCCCAAGAGUGCCAGGAUGAUAAUUUGCUUAUUAAUAGAACGACAGGUGUAUGUUACAACAGAACAACUGAGAAAAUAGCGAUGAUUUACGAUCUCGCAUUGGCUAAAGAAAAUGGCAUAGAAAGAAAAUUACCAUCUGAAGAGUAUUUCGAACGAAAAGCAGUCGGUAGCGGAUUAAGUGAUGGAUUGGGAGAUUUAGGUCCAAUUCGUUGGGAGAUGGCUCUGUGUUACCUCCUGGCCUUUAUCUUAGUUGUCUUGGCACUCAGCAGGUCCAUCAAAUCGUCAGGGAAGGUUGUGUAUUUUACAGCAACAUUCCCGUACAUAGUUCUGAUCAUUUUAUUCGUUCGAGGACUCAUGUUGGAUGGGUACAAGGAAGGCAUUGAAUUCUACAUCACUCCAAAAACAGACAGGUUGUCCGACUCUGUAAUUUGGAAAGACGCUGCUGUUCAAAUUUUCUUCUCUCUGUCCGCGUCUUGGGGUGGACUGAUUGCUUUGUCCAGUUACAACCGUUUCCAUAACGACUGUCUCAGGGACUCCAUAGCUGUUGCUCUUGGGAACUGCCUCACCAGUGUGUUCGCCGGUUUUGUAAUCUUCUCAUACCUGGGCAACAUGUCAUAUGAACUGGGAGUGCCCAUUGAAGAUGUUGCAAGAAGUGGUUCUUCCCUGGCGUUCAUAGUGUAUCCCUACGCCGUGACUCUACUUCCGGCUUCGCCUUUCUGGGCUAUCAUUUUCUUCCUUAUGUUGUUAACAUUAGGAGUUGACUCACAGUUUGUGUUGGUAGAGACUGUCACCACAGCUUUAAUGGAUCGUUUCAUUGCACUGCGAAAAUACAAACUCCUUACAGUCAUGGUUUUAUGUUCAAUUUUCUUCUUUCUUGGACUCACUCUUACUACAAAUGGUGGUAUGUACAUGUUGGAGGUCAUGGAUACAUAUGCAGGAGGCUGGAAUAUCAUGUUUAUUGCGAUAUGCGAGUGUAUAUCUAUAUGCUAUGUGUAUGGUAUCCGUAGAUUCCUUGUGGACAUAGAGACGAUGAUUGGAUACAAGGUUUGCGGGUUCUGUCCUUUUAUUGCGUGCAAAUACUGGUGGGCGCUGAACUGGUGUGUCAUCACACCUGUACUUGUCGCGGCUACCAUGGUGUUUUCAUGGGUCAAGUACACUGACAUGGAGGGAGACAAGUUCCCAGGCUGGUCAGAUGCUCUUGGAUGGCUAAUGACCUUGACUGUUAUUGUUUCCAUCAUUGGAGGCGCCAUCUAUGCAAUCUGCAGCGGAGAGGGAAGCUUUAGUGAUAAACUCCGCCAAGCAACUACACCAACAGUUGAGUGGGGUCCUGCUCUUGUAAAACACAGGCAGUUGGUCGCUAAAUAUGUACCUGGAUUUGUUGUGGACCCAUGGGGUAAGGGUGAGCCAGCAGUGAUGGCAGAGGAUAUCACUCUACAGAUGUCCUAUUCGAAACAAUACAGUCCCAGCCCUCUUACAGAUAUAUAUAGAAAGAAAAGUGAAUAGAAAAUUAGAAUGAAUAUGUCUGCUGUGCUUAUGAAAACUUUAUUUACGAAUGACUUUGGAAAUCAGCACGACUUUUCCUGCCUAAAGCAGGCAAAUGUACCGUGCGUACAGGCAUUGUAUGGCACAAUAUUGUUGAUGAACAUUCUUUGAGACGUUGUCUGUUAACUUUAGGAAUUUAUUCCCCGUCAUUUUGACAAACGAUAUUGUAACUAGUCAGUACUAUCUCAUAAUGAUCUCAUUAAUUUAUAUGAAAUGCAUCAAGUUUGCUUUCACACACAUAUUAUGAUUUAUAGAUAUUUGCAAGACUGAAGAUAUACAUGUUACUCUAUUAGGACCAAGAUCUCUUGUAUAUCUGUAUAUAAAAUUGUAUACGAGGAUUUUGAAAUAGUUACUUCCCUUGUAUUACUCUUGAUAUGUAUGAUAAACCUCUUGGUCUUCUGCAGCGGCGUUUGACAAAACACAAGAGACAAAUUGGUUUGUUUAGUAAAUCGAUCAUAUUCCACAAUUAUCCUUUUCACUUCACUUCACUUCGAAUUACUUUCCUGUCAUAAGUCUGGAUAAUUGUGUUUUCAUUCUGUUAUUUUUUAGCUCGACUAUUUGGCGUGAGCGUGAGCGUGAGCGUGAGCGUGAGCGUCACACAAAUGUUAAAGUUUGCGUACCACCCCAAAUAUUUUCAGAGUCCAUUGAGAUAUUGCUUUCAUAUUUUGCAUACUUGUUUACCAUCAUGACCCCAGUCUGUAAAAAGGGGGAGGCAACUCUAUCAAGCAUUUUGACUGAAUUAUAGCCCCUUUUCGACUUAGAAUAAUGUUAAAGUUUGCGUACCACCCCAAAUAUUUUCAAAGUCCAUUGAGAUAUUGCUUUCAUAUUUUGCAUACUUGUUUACCAUCAUGACCACAGUCUGUAAAAAGGAGGAGGCAACUCUAUCAAGCAUUUUGACUGAAUUAUGGCCUCUUUUUCGACUUAGAAUAAUGUUAAAAGUUUGCGUACAUGUACAACUCCCAAAUAUUUUCAAAGUCCAUUGAGAUAUUGUUUUCAUAUUUUGCAUACUUGUUUACCAUCAUGACUCCAGUCUGUGAAAAGGAGGAGGCAACUGUUUCAAGCAUUUUGACUGAAGUAUGGCCCCUUUUCGACUUAGAAUAAUGUUAAAGUUUGCGUACCACCCCAAAUAUUUUCAAAGUCCAUUGAGAUAUUGUUUUCAUAUUUUGCAUACAUUUACUUGUUUACCAUCAUGACCCCAGUCUGUAAAAAGGAGGAGGCAACUCUAUCAAGCAUUUUGACUAAAUUAUGGCCCCUUUUCGACUUAGAAUAAUGUUAAAGUUUGCGUACUACCCCAAAUAUUUUCAAAGUCCAUUGAGAUAUUGUUUUCAUAUUUUGCAUACUUGUUUACCAUCAUGACCCCAGUCUGUGAAAAGGAGGAGACAACUCUAACAAGCAUUUUGACUGAAUUAUGGCCCUUUUUCGACUUAGAAUAAGCUUAUUGUAAGGUUAUAGUUUUACUCAUAGCUUAUAUUAUACUAUCAAGCACUGUGAAUAGUCGAGCAUGCUGUCCACUGACAGCUCUUGUUCUAAUCCUAGCUUUAAAUGUUCAUUAAGCGGUACGCAGUUCAGGUGUUUUGUAGUUCAUAAUGUAAAUAAACGCCGCUGAAAAAGUGCCUAUUGGCUGAAAGCUACGUUUAAUGUACAAUGAACAGAGUAUUUAUGGUAUACAUAUGCAGAGACCCUAAUAUAUACAUGAUAUGAUCAAUAUUUAUAUAGCAUGUCUUUCACCAUUUAAUUGAAAUGUCUAUUUUUAUUGUGCUUGCAUUGUUGUCCAAUUAUAUGUUUAUGAGUAGUGCUAUUAUUUAUACGUAUUUAUUAAUUCCUAGUCUAUGUAGUCUUUCACAAGAUAGGCAUGUGCACGAGUUUGCUGUAGUAUGCCAGAAUUCAAUCAACUUAAAUAAUUUCAUUCAAAACUUGUCUAUACGCUUUGACGGUGUUGUAUCAAAAUAUAUUAAUUCAGUGGA